AUGGAACAGGAAGGGCCAGAUUGUUUAAAACGAAUACCACAAUUCUCCCUCUACACGUUAGACACGUCUUUUACGCCAGAAAAGGAAAAAGAAGUUCUACAGGAUAUAUACAAAUCUACAAACGGACAACAAUGGUACGAGGCUAGUGGAUGGAACAGUUCAACUAAUGAGAUCUCUCAUUGUUUCUGGUAUGGAAUCACCUGUCAUGACAACACGUCAUACGUAAAAAGUAUCGUGUUGCCUUACAACAAUUUGGAUGGCUUUCUUCCUUCUAACAUUUGGAAAAUACGAAACUUAUUUUCCCUUUGCACGCUGGGAAAUCCGAGACUUCAAGGGCGUAUAGGCGACUUUCUGUUUGGCAACAUGAGCAAACUGUUCAUCAUUUCAUUUAAAACCACCUCCAUCAGUGGAGAUAUACCAAAAGACAUCGUAAAGCUGACUAGUCUGCAGUUCAUCUUGGGAUGUCCUAUGAAUGGCAAGGGCUUCUCUGGUCGCUUACCAGAAAACAUAGGAAAUAUGACAGAGCUUCGAGGUCUCUGUCUUGGGGGAAGCAACUUGACGGGAGAAAUACCAGGAAGCAUAUCGCGACUGGAAAAACUUUACGAUCUUGACAUUCGAAACACCCCAGGCAUGAUGCAUGGAGACCUCAACGUAAUAUUUGCUAUUCCUUCUUUAUCCUAUUUGUACUUGUCUGGCCUUCACCUUAGCGGGGAGAUGCCUCGGGUGUUGCCCAAAAGGUUCUUGCAAGUUGGUUUGACUGGAAACAGCAUUUCAGGAAGGCUACCAGAAACAUUUGAAAGUAACAUCAACCUUAAUGUAUUUAAUGUCGCAAACAAUCAGCUAGUAGGAGAUAUUCCAGGGGAUCUGCUUCUGUUGCCAAAUCUUCAAAUGGUAGAUGUGUCACAGAAUCAGUUUUCCUCUAUAAACCAUGGCAAACCAUGGCCAGUUAAUUCCAGUGCAGCUAAGACGAAAUACGUCUCUUUAGCGGGAAACAGGAACUUGUUAAUUCAUUUCCAGAGCUUCAUAGAACUUUUCACAAAGAAGGUUGAUUUCGUAGAAAGUCCAUCAAUUUUAAAUGUUAGCUUUUGUGACAUUAAAAGUCCCGUACUUGCUAAUUUGUAUUACUUUGAAACAAUGUCCACUUGCGAUAUGCGUGGCAACAAUUUUUAUGGACCUUUACCCGACUUUUUCGAGGACUUUUCUUUGCUUACAUACUUCGAUGUCUCAUCAAAUAACUUAACAGGCAGCUUUCCACCUGGAAUUCAGAACCUCAACUCCAUUCAAUAUUUAGAUAUUUCAAGAAAUCCUUUCAUGCGAGAAGGAAACAGCGCAUCUACUAGUGUCUAUCAACCAGACUUUUCAAGAAUGAUACGGCCACCCGAAGCAGAGAACUACACGUGCCCUGAAGGACGUCUCGUCUUCAAUAACGGUCGCAUUCGGUUAGAUCCCACGUUUUACGACUACAGAUAUUGCAUCUGUGAUGCCGAUUUUUAUGGAGACAAAGGGUUGUGCAAAAAAUGCAUGGAAGGCGGGACUUGCCAUGGAAAAGAUUUCCGUGAGACAGCAGAUCUUCGUCCUAGCAUCAUGAAAAUCGGCAGUGGUUACUGGCCAUCACCUGAACCGAACAAUGUCACCCACCUUGUAAAGUGUCCAAUACCAUCUGCUUGCAAUCCAUCGGAUUCUUGCACCUGUAAGCUGAAUACAUCGCGAAAAGACACAAACUCGCCCUCUAACAGACCCCAAGUGCUAUCUCUCUUCACAACAUGCAACCAUUCGUGCAUCUGUCAUCAAGGAAACACGGACAGGUUUUGUUCUCGCUGUCUCGAUGGAUUUUACAGAUUAGGUGGACUUUGCUUUCGAUGCAAAAACGGUGAUUUAUUGUACUAUUACAUGUUCAUUCCUGUUUUUGCAGUUUCAUUCCUUGCUUUAAUCUGGUCAUAUUUCUAUUUCAACGUACGUCCCUUGAAAUGGUUUGUUGUUACGGCCAUUCAUUUUCUUCUAAUGUUAAUUAUGAUGCUCUUGGAAUUCUUGCCGGCAUGGUUUUUCAAAUUAAACAUGGUUGUGUUUGUGCUCUGUAUGACUAGUAGAGGGAAAGCGGCUCGUACGCUCAUAAGCAUCGCAGUGUUUUACAUUCAGACCAUAGAUUUCAUGGUAUCAAGCUUCAACGUUUGGCCUAAAAAGGUCAUUGCAGCUCAAGGCUACUUAAGCAGCUACUGGAACCUCUAUUUCCCCUCGCUUUCUUGUGAUUUGCCGUUGCUGUUUACUCCUGUUGGCAAGUUUGCUUUCCUGCUUCUUUUGCCACUGGCGUGCUUGAUCAUGGUUGGAGCAUAUUUUAUCGUCAUGCUGGCAUUCCAGAAAUUCCGUCCAAACACAGAACGCAUGGAAAUGGCUCACUUCAAAUGUCGCCAAACCGCCUUUUUCUGUCUAAGCUUCAGCUAUUUUCCCAUUGUGAAACAAACGCUUUCAGUCUUACGUCCAUGCCACAAGGACCUUGAUGUGCUCUACAUACCAUCUUCUCCUUGGAUAGAAUGUACCUCUUACGCCUACCACAGUCUGAUUACACUAGGAAUUGUCUCCAUUGUGGUCUACGUGAUUGGAUUUCCCUUGAUGGUCAUCUCCUUGAUGUUACUCUUCUUCCCCAAGAGAAGUUCUAUGAGCCCUGAAGAUCGAAAGAAACUUGAUGUAUGGCUUGGGCCGAUCUACUUACCCUACAAACCUAAGUACCAAGCGUUCUUCGAAGUUGUCAUCCUCUUACGUCGCCUGAUUCUCGCCAUCGCCCUGUCCAUGAUCCCAUCGUCAUCUACUUUGCAAACGUUUGUAGUCUGGGUUGUACUUAUAGCUUCAGCGCUUAUUCAUCUUAUUUUACGCCCGUACGAUACGAGCAGGAGAGUGGGCGAAGCCGACCGCGAACAUGGCUGGCCAAAGGUCAAAGAAAUAUUCACUGAGAAUGUCUUUGAGCCUCUAGUAUUGGUCGUCUUAUCAAUGUCAUUUAUGGCGUUACGAUUUUCAUCUUUAGAUGGCAAAAAUGCUGUUCUCUUUGUUUGGUUUGUUAUGGUCAUCAAUACCUGUGUCCUGAUUGGUUUGUUGGUCGCUAUCUUCUAUCUUCUCGCUUGGAAAGUCAAGAUCUUUGGUAAUGGUAAUGAGACGUCAAGAACAACAAAUUGUGGAGGGGAAGAUACAUCUGAAGAGCACGCAAACAUUGGUGAUGAAGACGGAGGGUAUUUGCUGCGAGGUGGUGCCAGCCGCAGAUACGUACUGACCAAUAAUGACGCUUAACCUUUCGUAGGAGCAUACCCAACUUUUUAGACCAAACAGCUGUCAGCAGAUUGACGCAGGUGAUGGAGUAAACGGUGGUGUUGGUGGACAAAGAUUAUACUCUUAUAAUGUUUGCUACCAUGCCAUUAGAGUUUAGAGGCCUGUCGAGCUAUAAGUUUGAUAAACAGAACAUCCUUUUUUAAGGUGAUAUCUUUCAUUAGUAACUGUUUGGCACUCCCAAAGGUACAGUCCGUAAUGUAAAUUAAGCGUUAGACAAAUUAUUUCCUUUAGCCGACUGUCAUCUUUAAUUAAUGUUGGUUACUAGCGUAAUUUUUUUUUGAAAGAGACAACUCCCUGAAGUGCCCUGAAUGAUCUGAAAUGACACGAUGGCCGAAUAAAGAAUAUUGUUCAACCGCUUUCAAGCUUUUUCGCUCAAAGGAGUUUAGUUACAGCUGACUACAGUAGUGUACUAUGUUGCAAAAUAUACCUUGUUAGACCCUGGUUAGUUUCGAGUUAAGUCGAGGUUAAUCAUUAAUAUGAAUAAGGGUCGAGUUCAUGACGUCACACAUUUUAAUAACCUGGGGAAAAAGUGGGUUCCUGCAUACGUAAUAAGUGUCUUCCUCCGUACUAAUGAGCGUACUUCUUUUACAAAAUGCUCGCAAUAAAACCAGACAGUUUUCUUAAGAAACGAGAAAUCAACUUUACGACCCUUUAACCUCGUUUUAGACUAGGAUGCAAGCAAAAGCAAUAACACUCGUCGGAAUGUUCCUACCCCUUUAUUGGAUACUAAUAUGAGUCAGACACGGCUUCGAAGUGUAGUGAAGAUUGUCCAAAUUCUGAUGCUAAUGACACAUGCACUAGGGAAUGUUCAUGCACGCUGGUCAAGACAUACCUAUGGUAUGUUUUGCUGUAUUCUUAUAUCAACAAAAUAGGAAAUUUCUAUAACUUAUCAAAACAUCUUUAUUGCAACUCAACAUGUUCUGAAAAAAUCAGAGAAAUCAAAACUCGUUCUUUCUUAUACUCAAAGAGGUGUUCGUCAAGCUAGGUUGUAUUUUAAGUCCCCUUUUAUUUAACCUCUAUUUAAGGUGGCUCCGUAAUUAAUACAAGAGCAUUUAGCUGUGACAAAUUUUCCGUCAUAACUUUUUCGAUUUUAACUCGAUGGCUGCAAAACUUUGCAAAGAACAACAGAUAUCAUUCGGCAAUAAUACGAAAUAUUCCGAUUUCAUUGAUGGUAAAUAUUUCUUGAGAAAUUAGCGCUUAAAAGGACCCUACUGUUCAAAGAAAAUUGCGUCUAGUAAAAAAUUUUGCUGAUAUUUUUUACUGAAAUUUGUGGUAUCGGCUUCAAUUGAUAUAAUAAAUAUGCCAGAGGAAUUUGAGAAAAAUCGUUGGAGCAGAAGUCCGUAACUAAAAGUCGCUCAAAAUUCAGCUGUGAAAUUGUUUUGGAAUUUCAAAAAUAAAUUACUAUCAGGAAGAAGGAGACACCUCUUUCAAUUUUCGGGACAAGUAAAUUCAGUGUUUGCUAAUUCUUAAAACAAAAGCCGAUUGCCUUUCGUGCUAUUCUUUAGAGGAUAUUUUUCAGUUUUUUCAAGUCGAAUGACUUGUUCCUCGACAUUUUUAAAAUAUCCCUUGGCAGUUUUGGUUCAAACUCCUGCUACAUACAUUUUGAUGUAUUGCAAUGCAUCCUCAACGGCUUUUCCUGCUGUACGUUGUUUCCAAUUCAGGAAAAAGGUAUUGGGAUUGUAAGCUACCUUGUAUCGAAGCUCAGACAGAACUGUCGAGCACCUUUGUUUAUGACCAGAAAAUGAGCACGAGCGGCAACUCUGCGAGGAAUUCGCACCUCAGCGAGGGGGGACGAAUGACAAUGAUGCCCAUGUCUGUGAACAGAUAUGUAUAAACAUGUAUUGCAGAGCAAAACAUAAUAAUCAAGAAAAAAAAUACCCAUUCAUUGAAGGAAGGAGUGACAAAACUUUCAGAGUUGUAAAUUUAUUCACGGGCAGUAUUUUUGCGAUAAUUUUAUUUUGCACUGUGAUGUUAUUCGGUUCACAGGCAUGGUCAUCAUUGUCGUUCUCCCCCCUGGGUGAGGUGCGAAUUCCUCGCAGAACUGCCGCUCGUGCUCAUUUUGUAGUCAUAAACAAAGGUGCUGGACAGUUCUAUCUGAGCUCUGAUACGAGGUAGCGUCCAAUCUCAACACUUUUUUCCUGAGUUGGAAGCAACGAACAGCAGUAAAAGUCCUUGAAAAUGCAUUGCAAUACAUCAAAAUGUACGCAGCAGGAGUUUGAGCCAAAACUGCCGAGGGAUAUUUUAAAACUGUCGAAGAACAAGUAAUUCUACUUCAGAGAACAGCAAGUGGUAACGUUUGCGCAUGCGUCAAGCUUGCUGGGACGUACUUGUUGACGGGAAAUCGUAAUGGCCGAAAGCCGUUCUGAAGCACUUUCAAGGGAGAUUUUUUUGCAUACCCAAUCGACAACAGACAUGUCUUAUACAUUGGAUACUUUGGCUAAGCCAUGUUGAAGUGUCAUGUAUGGGAGAAGGGCCAUUUAGGUGGUUAAUUUUCGUCUAUUUGGCUCCUCUGAUGAAGCAGAUAAAGCGUUCACGAGGUCGUUUGUUGUGAUAUGUUGAUUUGUUGACAUUGGAGCGGUCACGGAUUUCUGGGUUAUCGUCCACGAUCUGCAGAGCUGCCUAACAUUUAGGUAAGAUAUACCCCUUAAUUUACUUUGUGAAAUGUGGAGCAGCAUCAUCGAAUGUUAUGUGUUAAAAUUAUAGCAGCCUGAAUUCAACGUAAUUUAUGUGACCCUGGUAUUUUUUUAGUAUUUGACCCUGACCAUACAGCGAGAUCCAGUUAUAUAUCCCACACAAGCGACUAAACAGGUUAAACUUCUCUUUCGGCCACUCCGUAUUUUCACUUUUAAUGGUUAAGUCAAAGGGGGGAAGUUCGAGUAUUUUGAUACUAUUUAGCGGCAUGAAAUCAACAAGCAAAUUUCCUACUCUUACAAGUAAGGGCCAUAGUCGGAUGUUUCCUUCCAUUUUCGAAAAUUUGCUUUUCUGGUGUCCAUUGGUGCUCUAUGGUGAUUACUUAUUCUCAGAGAUUAAGAGAUCGAGGCGGUGGAUUGUGAAAUAUUAUUUGCUAAAACUUCGUUAAAGAUGGACAAAUUUUUCUUGUCCUUUUCAACCUUGUUUUUAGAUUUUUCGUUAACAUAUUAAAGUAUAUCCCAACAAAACUUAUUUGUAAGAGCAUUGUUUCGGAACGCUCUUUCAUUCUGGAAUGUUUGAUUUUGCAUCCAAGGAGGGGAACACUGAUGAAUUUGCGUUUUAAUAAUCAUGCACUGUAAGCUCUCAGAUUCACUGACAAGAACCCUCACCAUUUGGAAGAUGAUUUUAUUCUGACAAUUAUUCAAUGAUGAUUUGUUUAUACAUACAAAAUUGGCGCCUAAAAGAAUUGUAAUGUUAUGCUUAGAAUGUUUACAUAAUGUCUUGAAACAUAACUGAAAUCAAUAUAAAAUAUGAAAAUACACAUGUGCAUUCUUUUCCCUGCCCUACUAUAAAAGUGAUUUAAUAAGUGUGAUUUAAUGCAUUUUCAUGUGACCAUUACAAUAUUACUUCCACUUUGACACUAGCACAAGUUCAAGCGCAAAACAAUUCUUGCCCUUGUUCACCUUUGCACUUGCUGGACUGCCAUUCCUGUUUGAAGUACAGACAACACUGGACAUGAAAUCCCUGUAUUUGAUUCCUUACAUUGGCAUCCACAUAAGAAUUAGCUUCAUCACAUACAAUGUAUUUGUAUGCUUACAAAAAUCAUAAAUGUUAUUGUUCCUUUUCUAUCCAAAAGAUUUCUUUCCUUCUUGAAUAUAAAUUCGUAUCCAUGACACUUUAGAAGUCCUGAAUAUCUAAAGGGGUAUCGCUAGUUGUGGGCAACAACUAAAUGCCAUAGGGGUAACUUUUCACUCUCCGAUAGAAAUAGAUCUCUUGAUACUCUGGGUCUCAUAUAUUCAGUGUUUGUGCACGUGAAUUUAGGAGCACUUGGCUUGCCAAUGUCGGUUUGGCUGUGUAUACACUGUAGUAGUGUAUAUAGUCAUAUAUCAUAGGCUGCACAAGUUGCAAUUUUAAUAUGUAAAGUUGCCCCUGAAACAAGCUCAUUGAUGCUCCCACUGAUGCAAGAUGACAAGUUAUGAAAAAUUUCAUUUGCCUUUUUCCUGUUGCAGGAGCUCCCUAUGAGAUGCUCAGCACUAAACCUUGUUGAUUCAGGUGAUAGUCAUUGAGGACGACUGCAUUGUCACAUUUAAACCAGUCGCACUUUUCACUCAAGCCAUAGCAGAGCUGGUACAAAAUGGUGACUAUCCGUUUUUUUUUAUUUUACCCUAUGCUGUCCGCAGAAUGUGAAGGGUCUGUCACUCCAUCCUGAACUGCAUCAAAUAGCCUUGGUGCCCCAGAAGACACACAGACAAGCUUUAAUUUUAAUGAGUCAUACAUUGGCUCACUUGAAGCUACCAUAAACUCAGACUUUAUAAAUAUCAGGCUUUAAGACCCUUAAGUUCUCCUCAUGUUGAAAUUGAAUGAAAAGGAAAAGUUAGAGCUAAUUUUCUCUCAUUUUCAAUUUUUUAAUCUUAGCCCAGAUAUGGGCUAGUCAAGGGAGCUAGGCCUUAUUAGUUAUAUCUUAAAUAAUUAACACAUGUGCAGUAGAAAAUACCAACAACAAAAUUUAUGAAAAGCAAAAAUGAGUGCAAGCAUGGAAGUAUCAGAAGCACAAAAUUCACUUCAAUGUCUCAGAGAGAAAAUGCAGUUUUAGAUAUGACUAUGAUCUAAGUUACUAUUUUAAAUAUUUUCACUGUUGUGUGCAUAUUUGCAAUUUUCUAGUAUGUAGAAGUGUGGGGAGUAAAGGGAAGGAUUUUUCAUGGUUAGGGUUACCUCAAUAAAACACAUCUGUAAUAUGAAACAUCUUGUACCACACUCCUGUUUUGGCUCAUCUAAUUCUUUAUUUUAGAAGAAUAAGGGGCAUCUUGGAGUCAAGAGCCUCCAUAUUACAAAAUUCCGCCUACACCCCUGAAUAAGUUAUAGCAUCGCAUAGAUUUAAUAGAUGUCAUUUCUUGAGUUUGGGUCUUCAGUUUUAUAUCAUCUAGUCAAAAAAGGAAACAUACAAUUUCAUAGCCCUGGGUGGGAUAUCUUUGAAAUUUUAUCAGUCACAGAAUUAGGGCACUGCACCUGCUUUGGCCACUGGUGGUUAGGAUGGGGUGUCUCUGAAAAGUAAUCACUGGCAGAAUCACUGCACUAAGGUUGCACAUCUCUGAAAAACAGGGCGUUCCUGAACCAUAACUGACGGGAAAUCGUAUUAUUGCAAGGGGAUUGUCGCAAGAACUGCAGUUAUGACUAUAUAAACAGACUAGCAUUUAGAAUUUUUUUCACAGCGUUUUAUUCAAAUCGUAAGCGUCGGACAUUUUGUACUCGGUCACAGCUUACAUGAAGAGAUUUUUUUCCCAGUUAUCCAGUGUUUAAUAGAGGAGUUUUGCAGCUGUUACACAGAACGAUUAACCCCAUCGACGUGUCCGCACGCAAGCCAAAACACGAAACAAUAAUCACUCAUGGACCGCAAACCGCGCAAAAUUGUGAAUGAUCUGCGACUUAUUAGCCUUGAGACCAAUCUCGCAUAUUACAAAGAAGACUUAGUCUUAUCUGCACUCCACAAAGAUAGAACAGAUGACUAAGACGAUGGUAAUUUUAAAAGAGGCGCCAUUUCUCUUUGCUGCAUUCGCUGCGAUCCAAUACCACCACAAACUUCCGUCCAGCGGCUCGCGCAUACUCGCAACGUUACCACUUGCUGUUACUUCAGAGCAGGUUUGGAGCGAUUUAUAGUGCUUCUAAAACUAAAAAGCACCUUUUAAAGAAUAGCACGAUAGGCAAUCGGCUUUUGUUUUAAGAAUUAGCAAACGUUGAAUUUACAUGUCCCGAAAAUUCGAACUGGUGGCUCCUUCUACCUGAUAGCAAUUUAUUUUUGAAAUUCCAAAACAAUUUCACAGCUGAAUUUUGAGCGACUUUUAGUUACGGACUUCUGCUCCAACGAUUUUUCUCAAAUUCCUCUGGCAUAUUUAUUAUAUCAAUUGAAGCCGAUACCACAAAUUUCAGUAAAAAAUAUCAGCAAAAUUUUUUACUAGACGCGAUUUUCUUCGAACAGUAGGGUCCUUUUAAGCGCUAAUUUCUCAAGAAAUAUUUACUUUCAAUGAAAUCGGAAUAUUUCGUAUUAUUGCCGAAUGAUAUCUGUUGUUCUUUGCAAAAUUUCGCAGCCAUCGCGUUAAAAUCGAAAAAGUUACGACGGAAAAUUUGUCACAGCAAAAUGCUCUAGUAUUAAUUACGGAGCCACCUUAAACAAUCUGCCCUGUAUUUAUUUGAAAACACACUAUCUGAUACAUUUGUUUUCCCAAUGGAACAAAACUAAAUUCACUAUUAUAUGCAGAUGACUGGAUUAUUUUAUCAAGAUCCAAAAUUAUUCAAUAGGAUUGCAAAACUGUUUUGAAAAACACACUUCAUUCAUAUUGCGAAACAUGGAUGUUAUGUUAAAAAUCAAUCCGAAGAAGACAAACAUAAUGAUAUUCCGAAAACGCCCAACGAAAUCCGUUGACAACAACUUUAAAACAGGCAACGAGCACACUGAGAUUGUUGAACAAUUCACCUAUUUAGGUACACGUUUAACCCAUUCGCCCCUGAACCGCCCGUAACCGCCCGUGCGGAUCCAGGUCCUUUCUACCCUUUGUGACGUCAUCAGUUUUAACGGUCAAGGACAACUUUCUUCGCUAACUUGUGCAGAGUGAAGAGAUCUUUCAAACCAUACCAGAAUGAGCACAAUUCAGUCAAGGACACCGGAGAAAGAAGCAAAAAACCACGUGACAAGGACCUGAAAAUCUCCAUGAAAAUCUUGUUCCAUUACCCACCUACCUUUCCUUUCACCUAAUCCUAAGAUCCUAAAACCUUUCCUAAAAACUCUUCCCACCAAAAUGAAGCCUACUAAAUGCCCAGCAAGAGAAAAAAAAAUGAGGCAAGAAAAGCGAAAAAAGAAGGGAGGAGAGAAAGCGAAAAGUAAAAGUCAAGACUGCUGUGUCACUUUUAAACCCAAAAGCUAUGUCGAAAUUUUGUUUUUUGCGCAUGCCCGAACUUCGCAAGCUAAUAUUUUGCAUCUGGAUCAGAAGGCCGCCAAGUGUACGACCUGCAAACCGGUUUGUGGUAAGAUUUAGCUCUUUAUAGCACGACAGUGACCAGAAAACUACUCGACUAGCUUCAAAACGCGUUUUUUGGCAAAAUCUCCAGGAGCGAAUGGGUUAACUCCAACAGUAAUUUUUCCGAUUUAAAGCUACAACAGUGAGGUAUGGAGGAUGUAUAUACUAAGCAAGAUAUAGUUAGAGCAUGGGAUAGGUCCCCUUGUUUACAAAACUGGAGAUGAAUUUUUUUCGAACUACUUGGAGGUGAACAAUAAGGCCCCUAAUUUAGCUUGCAAAGCUGAGCUUGGAAGAUUAACACUAGUUAUACCAAUUAAUGAGAAAAUUAUAAAAUAUGUUAUUGAUCUAAACAACAAAGAUAAUGACUCUAUCGUUAAACAAUCUAUCCUUUUGUCGAAGAAUCUUCACUCUGUUAAUAACUCCGGAUUUUACUCCAAUUUCAUGAACAUGGUAGAACAAAACAAUCCAUCCACUCUGGAUCCUGACUAGGCGAUACGCAAACAACAUGAAAGAGAAAUAUAUAUCUUUCUGGCGACACAGCCUUGAACAUUCAAAGAAAUUAGACUUUUAUAAAGUUUUUAAAGAUGAAUACUCUGCAUCCGAUUAUUUAUUCCAGUUAAGAAAUUUUAGCCGGUGAAAGAAGGAGUUUAGUGAAGUUUUGAAAAAUAAGCAACCACAAACUUGUGAUUGAACUUGGAAGAUACCAGAUCGAUAAUGUGCCUAGAGAAAAUAGAUUAUGCCCAUUGUGUAAGUGCAAACAAACUGAAGAUGAAAAUCAUUUCUUGUUUCAAUGUCAGCAAUACUCUUCGCUGAGGAAGGUAUUCUUACACCAAAUCAGCGAGAUUGUACCUGACACUGAAAGGAAACCGACUACUAAAAUCAUUAAAUUUCUGAUAAACUAUAACGACUAUUUUAUAAAUAAACUAGUACAAUGAAGUUCAUUUCCUCGUGUAUGAACAUACGUGAUUCAUUGUUGUUAGCUAGUGGAAAUGAUGUUAAAUAACUUUAGUCAAUUUGUUGUAACAUUAUAAGCCUUGUUUUUUUAUUAAUUUUUGUACAUAUGCUUUUGCAAUACUUCCAAAUGCUACGGUCAUGCAAAUAAAGCGAUUUACUACUAUACUUGUAAAAUAGAGUGGUUUUACUUCACAUAUUUUAAAAAAGGUAGAAGACUACUGCGCAGUUUUUCACUCUAACUCCAUUUUGUGUUUACUUGAUAUAUGCCUGUUUUACAAUAAUUGAUAGAUACCGUUUCACAAUCAAAAACCAUUUUAUGAUGAAACUUAAAAAAUAACCAGGAACAUGCAGAAACUACAUAUAACUAAUCUAGAAUACAAUAUUAAUUAGCCAAGAGAAAUUUUUCCUGACCGAAAAAAAAGUCUUGUCAAGCCUUAACUUUUAAGGUUAACCUACAACAUCUCGGUAUUUCUAAAUACGCUCUCGCGUGGUUUACUAGCUACCUGACCUACAGACACCAAGUCGUACGUAUUAACUCGAAAGCGUUGCGUUUAAAUAGUGGUGUUCCUCAAGGAAGCAUUCUUGGGCCGCUUCUUUUUAGUAUUUACAUUAACGACUUACCUUCUGUUCCUAGAAACUGUUUAACGCAAUGUUACGUAGAUGACACUAAACUUCAGAUUUCUUUUAAGAUGCGUGAUUGUCCGACUGCUAUGAACGAUCUAAAUAGCGACCUUCUUUUAAUACGUAAUUGGUGUUUUAACAAGUUUCUACUUUUAAAUCCUGACAAAACAAAACUCGUAGUCUUUGGAAGCCGACAACUGCUUGUCAAACUUCCCGACUUCAAAAUAUCUUUUCUAGGAAAAGAUCUCGCUCUUACAUCUUCAGCUAAAGAUCUUGGGGUUGUUUUAGAUCCGCAACUAACGUUUGAUGACCAUGUUCUAAAAACUACGUCAUCUUGUAUGUCAAGCCUCGCACAAAUCAGUCGGGUUAAACAUGUUCUUGACCGUAACCAACUGGUGACAGUAAUAAAUGCCCUAGUCUUUAGCAAAUUACUGUACUGUUCCACAGUGUGGUCGAACACCUCGAACAAAAAUAUCUGUAGACUACAGUCAGUGCAGAACUUUGCCGCGCGCAUUAUUUCAGGUACCAGGAAAUUUGAUCAUAUAACCCCCGCACUAAGAGAUCUACGUUGGUUUCCAAUUAAACAAAAGCUGUUCUUCCGCGACGCUCUCAUGGCAUUUAAAUGCAUGACUGGUCAAGCUCCACAUUACCUCAGCGAUCAAUUUACAACAAGAAUUGCGGUCACCGGGCGCGUGACUCGAAGUUGCCAAUUAUUAAACAUCCCCUUGUAUAAGUCGAGUACCGGACAGAGAACAUUCCACUACCGCAUGGUGUACAUUUGGAACAAUCUAGACAGUACUCUUAAAACUGCAAAAUCGAUUUCUACUUUUAAAUUUUGUCUGAAAAAUAAGUUGAUUACUGACUUUUUAAAUAGCACGUUAUGAUAGUAUUUUAGUAUCUUACUAGUAUCUUAUUUUAUUUUAACUUAAAAUAUGCAUAUUGUAUGGUACAUAGUGAGAAUAUUUAUUAUACGAUUAAUUCUUAAAUAGGUAUGUUUAUAUUGCUUUGUUCACCGCAUUCUUUCCUUUUAAUCGAAUUGUUAACUACUUCUCUUAUCUUAAUUAGUUUUUUUUUUUAGUCGUAUUGUCACUGAAAAGCCCCACCAGGGGAGUGUCAAUAAACUAUUGUAUUGUAUUGUAUUGUAAGGUUGUAGAGGAGGUGAAUUUGCUGGAGUGCGAACGUCCUGAGUAAGGACACUCCAUAAUUUACUUACAGCAUUAAAGUAAAACGUUCGGUAACACAUCUAGGUGAUGCUAUAAUGAUGUUAGCGACAUCUAACUUCACUCAAAACGGCUGCUGUCUUGGUCAUUAAUAACUUAUGUUCUUUUCAAACUACGUGUUUACAGCAUAGACUCAAAUGAAAUGCUUUCUUCGCUUGAACUGACUAAGGUAUUUUUCCAAUUAAACGUUGCGAGGAAAAAAAAUCGGGAAAAAAAACUGUUAUCAAAGUGUCUUAACAUUGUUUCAAUCCCCUUAUAGAUCUUCUUGACCCACGUGGUCAACAGCUAUGUACAUAUCUUGGAAGAAAAAACGGUCAGAUAAGAAAAGUUGAGAGUUCAAUCCCACACACACACGGCCGCUCUUUCAUUAUUCCCCAUGACGUCAUAUGAAAACCACAUGCGACAGCAUUGAACGAUUUUGAUCAUCAUAACUUAGCGUAUAAAACUGAAAUUAUUGCGGAACACUAAUAACUGCAGAUAAAAUUCUAGGAAGACAAAACAGAGGUUCAUUUUGCUUAAUAAUAAAUAAUAACACCUCACUCCUCAGAUUACAGAUUGUUUUUGGAAGCUGAAUGACCAGAUUGUCUAAAACGAAUAGAAGAGUUCCCUCUCUUUACGCUAGACACAACGUUUACCCCAGUACAAGAAAAAGACAUUUUGCUAGACAUAUACAAAUCUACAAACGGACAACAAUGGUACGAGGCUAGUGGAUGGAACAGCUCAAGUAACGAGAUCUUUCAUUGUUCCUGGUAUGGAAUCACCUGUCAUAAUAACACGUCAUACAUUAAAAGUAUCGUGUUGCCUUAUAACAACUUGGAUGGCUUUCUCCCUUCUAACAUCUGGAAAAUACGAAACUUGUUUUCUUUGUGCACUCCAGGAAAUCCGAGACUGCGAGGGCGUAUUGGCGACUUUCUAUUUGGCAACAUGAGCAAACUGCUGACCAUAUCAUUCAAUACUGCCUCUAUAAGUGGAGAUAUACCAAAAGAUAUAGCAAAGCUAACUAGUCUACAGAACUUCUUGGGGUGCCCUAUGAAUGGCGCAGGAUUUUCUGGUCGCUUGCCAGAGAACAUAGGAAACAUGACAGAGCUUCGAGUUCUCUGUCUUGGAGGAAACGGCGUGACUGGAGAAAUACCAAGAAGCAUUUCUCGACUGGAAAAACUUUACGAUCUAGACAUUCGAAACACCCCAGGCGUGAUGCAUGGAGACCUCAACGUAAUAUUUGCUAUUCCUUCCUUAUCCUAUUUGUACUUGUCUGGCCUUCACCUUAGCGGGGAGAUGCCUCGGGUGUUGCCCCAAAGGUUCUUGCAAGUUGGUUUGACUGGAAACAGCAUUUCAGGAAGGCUACCAGAAACAUUUGAAAGUAAUAUCAACCUUAAUGUAAUUAAUGUCGCAAACAAUCAGCUAGUAGGAGAUAUUCCAGGGGAUCUGCUUCUGUUGCCAAAUCUUCAAAUGGUAGAUGUGUCACAGAAUCAGUUUUCCUCUAUAAACCAUGGCAAACCAUGGCCAGUUAAUUCAAGUGCAGCUAAGACGAAAUACGUCUCUUUAGCGGGAAACAGGAACUUGUUAAUUCAUUUCCAGAGCUUCAUAGAACUUUUCACAAAGACGGUUGAUUUCGUAGAAAGUCCAUCAAUUUUAAAUGUUAGCUUUUGUGACAUCAAAAGUCCCGUACUUGCUAAUUUGUAUCACUUUGAAACAAUGUCCACUUGCGAUAUGCGAGGCAACAAUUUUUAUGGACCUUUACCCGACUUUUUCGAGGACUUUUCUUUGCUUACAUACUUCGAUGUCUCGACAAAUAACUUAACAGGCAGCUUUCCACCUGGAAUUCAGAACCUCAACUCCCUUCAAUAUUUAGAUAUUUCAAGAAAUCCUUUCAUGCGAGAAGGAAACAGCGCAUCUACUAGUGUCUAUCAACCAGACUUUUCAAGAAUGAUACGGCCACCCGAAGCAGAGAACUACACGUGCCCUGAAGGACGUCUCGUCUUCAAUAACGGUCGCAUUCGCUUAGAUCCAACGUUUUACGACUACAGAUAUUGUAUCUGUGAUGCCGAAUUUUAUGGAGACAAAGGGUUGUGCAAAAAAUGUAUGGAAGGCGGGACUUGCCAGGGAAAAGAUUUCCGUGAGACAGUAGAUCUUCGUCCCAGCAUCAUGAAAAUCGGCAGUGGUUACUGGCCAUCACCUGAACCGAACAAUGUCACCCACCUUGUAAAGUGUCCAAUACCAUCUGCUUGCAAUCCAUCGGAUUCUUGCACCUGUGAGCUGAAUACAUCGCGAAAAGACACAAACUCGCCCUCUAACAGACCCCAAGUGCUAUCUCUCUUCACAACAUGCAACCAUUCGUGCAUCUGUCAUCAAGGAAACACGGACAGAUUUUGUUCUCGCUGUCUCGAUGGAUUUUACAGAUUAGGCGGACUUUGCUUUCAAUGCAAAAAAGGUGAUCAAUUGUACUAUUACAUGUUCAUUCCUGUUUUUGCAGUUUCAUUCCUUGCUUUAAUCUGGUCAUAUUUUUAUUUCAACGUACGUCCCUUGAAAUGGUUUGUUGUUACGGCCAUUCAUUUUCUUCUAAUGUUAAUUAUGAUGAUCUUGGAAUUCUUGCCGGCAUGGUUUUUCAAAUUAAACAUGGUUGUGUUUGUGCUCUGUAUGACUAGUAGAGGAAAAGCGGCCCGUACGCUCAUAAGCAUCGCAGUGUUUUACAUUCAGACUAUAGAUUUUAUGGUAUCAAGCUUCAACGUUUGGCCUAAAAAGGUCAUUGCAGCUCAAGGCUACUUAAGCAGCUACUGGAACCUCUAUUUCCCCUCGCUUUCUUGUGAUUUGCCGUUGCUGUUUACUCCUGUUGGCAAGUUUGCUUUCCUACUUCUUUUGCCACUGGCGUGCUUGAUCAUGGUUGGAGCAUAUUUUAUCGUCAUGCUAGCAUUCCAGAAAUUCCGUCCAAACACAGAACGCAUGGAAAUGGCUCACUUCAAAUGUCGCCAAACCGCCUUUUUCUGUCUAAGCUUCAGCUAUUUUCCCAUUGUGAAACAAACGCUUUCAGUCUUACGUCCAUGCCACAAGGACCUUGAUGUGCUCUACAUGCCAUCCUCUCCUUGGAUAGAAUGUACCUCUUACGCAUACCACAGUCUGAUUACACUAGGAAUUGUCUCCAUUGUGGUCUACGUGAUUGGAUUUCCCUUGAUGGUCAUCUUCUUGAUGUUACUCUUCUUCCCCAAGAGAAGUUCUAUGAGCCCUGAAGAUCGAAAGAAACUUGAUGUAUGGCUUGGGCCGAUCUACUUACCCUACAAACCUAAGUACCAAGCGUUCUUCGAAUUUGUCAUGCUCUUACGCCGCCUGAUUCUCGCCUUCGCCCUGUCCAUGAUCCCAUCGUCAUCUACUUUGCAAACGUUUGUAGUCUGGGUUGUACUUAUAGCUUCAGCGCUUAUUCAUCUUAUUUUACGGCCGUACGAUACGAGCAGGAGAGUGGGCGAAGCCGACCGCGAACAUGGCUGGUCAAAGGUCAAAGAAAUAUUCACUGAGAAUGUCUUUGAGCCUCUAGUAUUGGUCGUCUUAUCAAUGUCAUUCAUGGUGUUACGAUUUUCAUCUUUAGAUGGCAAAAAUGCUGUUCUCUUUGUUUGGUUUGUUAUGGUCAUCAAUGCCUGUGUCCUGAUUGGUUUGUUAGUCACUAUCUUCUAUCUUCUCGCUUGGAAAGUCAAGAUCUUUGGUAAUGGU